AUGGACGCUCGCGAACCGCCCCGUCCACCGCCGCCCUCCAUCAUGGCAGGGCCUACAGCCUAUGCACCCAACAACAUCGGCCCUAAUUCAUCCGCCGCCAUCAUGAUGGCACCAGCCACCGCGCGAUUUCCCUUCGGUGUCGUGCAGCCACCGCAGCAACAACCUCCGCCCGCGGAGCCUUUCCCUCUCUCCCCUGCUGCUGCCUACGACGGUUCCUCCUCGCCGAUGAAGCCAUGUUCCCUAGCUAAGAAGAAGCGCGGCCGUCCUCGGAAGUACUCGCCGGACGGUAACAUUGCCCUCGGCCUUGCUCCCACUCAUGUCUCCCCUCCACCUCCCUCUGGCGCCGUUUCUGGCAGCGGAAUCGGCGGAGAUUCGGCCGGUACGGCCUCCGAGCCUCCGGCGAAAAAACACCGUGGAAGGCCUCCCGGGUCUGGGAAGAAACAGCUGGAUGCGCUUGGAGCUGGUGGGGUUGGAUUCACUCCCCACGUGAUCUUGGUGGAGUCUGGCGAGGUAAUCCCAAAUAAAAAGCUAGUCUUGCCUAAAAUGCAAUGCAGUGUACUGGAUAUCACAGCAAAAAUUAUGGCAUUUUCUCAACAAGGGCCUCGGACAGUUUGUAUUCUCUCUGCUAUUGGUGCAAUCUGUAAUGUUACCCUUCGACAGCCUGCACUAUCUGGUGGUACUGCUACAUACGAGCGAAAUAAGGAUACUGACAAGGUAGUUUGGCCCUUCCGUGCUAAAGAUCUAACAGAAUUGGAGCGGCUUAUAUCUGUUGCAUUUAAAGCUUUUCUCUGGUGUGACCUGCUUGAUCAAAUGGUUAGGAUCUUUUUGCUCUUUCCCCAAGCUAGAGCUCUGGAGGGAGUUUGUCCUAACACCGAAGAUGGGACGAGUGUGGGCCGAUUUGAGAUUAUAUCUUUAUCAGGUGCUAUGCAGCAAUCUGAAAGUAAUGGUGAACGUAGUAGAACAUGCACUUUGAAUGUGACCCUUGCAGGGUCCGAUGGACGUGUUUUGGGUGGCGGGGUUGCCGGAACGCUAACUGCAGCAUCAACUGUACAGGUCAUUGUGGGUAGCUUUAUUGUGGAUGCGAAAAAGUCGAGCUCGAAUGUCCUAAAAUCUGGACCUUCUGCUGCACCACCCCCCCAAAUGCUAACCUUUGGUGCACCCAUGACUCCAACUAGUCCUACCUCUCAAGGGCCUUCAACUGAGUCCUCUGAGGAACAUGACCACACUCCUUUUUGUAGGGGGCCUGGGUCUGGACCUGGACCUGGACUCUACAAUAAUACUAGUCAGCCCGUUCAUAACAUGCCGAUUGGCCUUUUUACGCCCAAUAUGUCCCACUCUUUAAAACCUUCCUCUCUUCUGCAUCACACCUUAAACUUCCCUGUUCCAUCCCAACUUGUCCAUAGCCAAACUAACACUUCCACGCGCCACUCCCCGAACGUCACACCUCAACCACUACCGCGCCACCAGAUCAAACGCUGA